GACAGGUAUAAUAUUUCACAGACUCCCCCACUCUACCUCUGAACGCGUUUUGUACUUUGCUGAUAAAUCGUAAACGUCGACACAAUGAGGAAGACGUUGUUGUCGGUGUUGGUGUUGACUGUGUGUGUAAUUCUUGUUACACAUGGACAGAAGAUGAAGAAUAAGAGGUCCAGGACGUCUAAGAAGAAAGCAAAUACAGCGGCCAUAAUGAACGACGUCCAUAUGUUACAGUCGAACAUCACCCAACUGUGGAAAAGCGUCCAUCACAUCCAAAACGACCACGCCAGUAUCGGGGGUGCGAAGGCAGCCAACGUGUCCGUCAGCAUCAGCGGGGUGGAGGGCGAGGAGAUUAUGAGCACCCAAGACUCCACCGGCACGCACGUGCACGUGCAUCUGCACAUGGACGCGAUACCGUACAGUAAGGAAGGCGGAAUGCAUGGGAUGCAUGGGAUGAACGCAAUGCAUGGGAUGCACGCAAUGCAUGGACAUCAAGGAAUGCAUUGCAAAAAAUGCAUGAAGGGAAUGGAAAUGAUGAAUGGGAAACAAGGCAUGAAGGGAAUGAAAAUGAUGAAUGGGAAACAAGGCAUGCAGGGAAUGCAAAUGAUGAAUGGGAAACAAAGCAUGAAAGACAUGAACAUGAGUGGGGGAAAAGGCAUGAAGGGAAUGCACAUGAUGCAUGGGAAACAAGGCAUGAAGGGAAUGCACAUGAUGCACGGGCAAAACGGACCGUGGCAGGGAUCUGGAAUGAAUAUGGCAAGCAAAGAAUUUAAGAAGAAACAUCACUGGCAUUACCCAGAACCUGACCAGUACCUGUAUGCCCGAUGUAAUGUAAACCCCGAUAAAAACCUGGCCGACACCGAGAAAAACCGAAUCACGGGUGUAAUCCAACUGAGGCAAAAGAUGCACCAUGAUAUAGAAAUCCGAGUGCACUUGCAAGGGUUUGACCUCGAAACCACAAUACAUCACCAUGGAUUCCAUGUCCAUCAGUUUGGUGACGACUCGGAAGGGUGUAAAUCGUUUGGAGGUCACUUCAAUCCAGACGAAACAGUACACGGUGGACCUCAUGAUGACGUCAGACACGUGGGAGACUGGGGUAACAUCCAUUGUAAUUCGAAAGGAGAGGCUCACAAAAACUUCACCGACACUCAUGCCCAGCUACUUGGACCGCAUUCCAUUAUGGGGCGUGGUAUUGUGAUUCACCACCAUAAAGAUGACCAUGGGAAAGGUGACAGCCCCGCGAGUAAGUUGAGCGGAGACGCCGGGCCGCGUCUGGCGUGCUGUGUUAUCGUCUGGACCGCCGACCAGGACUGGAGCAAACCCUUCCACCCAAACCACAACGCUCCGCACUAAAUAGUGACGUCAGCGUCAGACUCGGACAGAAUACAAACUGAUAUUUUGAUUGGAUUAUACAAUCAGCUCAGAAUUAACAAUCAUAAACUAUAAGUUGUGUUUAUGUAAUUGGAAACAUAAAAAAGAUCAGUUUCUGAAUUCAUUAACGAAAGACAAGUAACAUAAUUCGUCCACUAAUAAAAAAAAAAUCGGAUCGGUUACAGAUUUCAUUAACCAAAGAUUUUUUUACUUGGCAAUACAAUCAACUCAAAAUUAAUUAUCAACUAUAAGCUUAUUUUAAUUAGAAGCAUGAAAAUAUCAGUUACUGAAUUCAUUAACCAAUUAGAAUCGAGUUAGGUAGCUAGUCAACCAAUAAAAAAAACCUAUUAGUCACUUAAGACCAUACUAAAUGAAGACGAACGAAGCUUCUGGCCACAUAAUGAUAACAAUAAUAGUUAUAUUUUGUUUUAAUGGUCAUGUCCCAACUUAGGAUUACGUAUGUAUUAUUGAAUAACACUAAUUAUUACAAACGUUUAACCAAAAACAUGAACGAUUCGAAGGGACCAUUUAUUGUGUUUUGCAAACAAUAAUUACAAAUGUGAUAUUGUAAAUAUGUAAGCAACUUCAAACAUUCACUUCCUUUUAUCUAGUUAAAUGUGUUAAAUGUUAUAAAACGUUUUUCGUUUAGUCAAAACUUUGUGAACUUAUUUUUAUUCAAAUGUGCAAUAAAAUUUUCUUGAUAAAGAA